UACACCUGCUCGUCAUGCUAGCCCACAGUGUUCAGGCCGCCGGCGGGGGCCGCUAGGCAGGACGCCAACGCCAAAGAGGAAACCCCUCUGGCUGAGGGGCUCUGCGGCCUGGCAGGUGACCCCUGCAGAGCGGCGGGGAAGGCUGCCUGUCCUGGUCCUCCGCCGGGCCACACGCACGCCUGUUGGCACCACCGCCACAAGCACCAGCCUGUGGCACAGAACGAAUCCGGGGGAAGAUUUACGUUUGUUUAUUCGGCGGACGGGUGACCUGUGAGGAAUCGCCUUCCCCGCUGCCUGGACUUGGGUUUCUCGUGGCCUAACUUCCUUCCCCGAGCUGUUGGCAUCUUCCUGCCAAGAUUCAGUCGUUCCCAAAGGAAUGGAGGAAUGCAGCUGAUAAGUGCUUAACCACCCUGUGCUCCUAUAGGCAGUGCCAGGCGCUGGCUUUAUCUUCUUCCCUUUGGCACUUUGGGGGUGGGCCUCUCCGUGUUAACUGGUCUGGGUACCUUUUUUACUGGCACUGUAGACCAAAGGAAAUGGAAGAAAAGGAGCGAUGUGAUAAAUUCCAGCUGGUACCUUGACACUAAGGAGAACUGUAUAUUUUGACAUUUUUAAUUUUUUUUUUUCUGUGGAGGGGAGGGAAAUACUACAUUUUAUGGGGUAUGGGAAGAGGGAGGUUGCAGAUCUUCAUAUGGUUUUUAAAACUGGCUGUCAGAGGCAAUUACUGAAUAAACUGAAGCACAAGAGGAGGACUUUUAAGUUGGAAGCAGUGCUAGCCCAUGAAGGAAAGGGGCAGUGGGCUGCUGUUUUGACUGUGGAGACAGAAACUUCAGCCUCCUUCAUUUUUUACCACCUACUCCCCAUCCACCCAUCGAGAAAAUGAGUUGUGUGCCAUGGAAAGGUGACAAGACCAAAUCGGAAUCGCCAGAGCCAUCUCAGCUACUGCCACAGCAUAUUUACCAUGAGAAGCAACGUAGGGAGCUGUGUGCCCUCCAUGCCCUCAACAAUGUCUUCCAGGACAGCAACGCCUUCACUAGGGAAACCCUGCAGGAGAUUUUCCAGAGGCUGUCUCCCAACACCAUGGUGACCCCCCACAAGAAAAGCAUGCUGGGGAAUGGGAACUAUGAUGUGAACGUGAUUAUGGCAGCACUUCAGACCAAAGGCUACGAGGCGGUUUGGUGGGAUAAGCGCAGAGAUGUUAAUGCCAUUGCCCUGUCUAACGUGAUGGGCUUUAUCAUGAAUCUGCCCUCCAGCCUUUGCUGGGGCCCCUUGAAGCUCCCCCUCAAGCGACAGCACUGGAUCUGUGUCCGGGAGGUGGGAGGCACCUACUACAACCUCGACUCCAAGCUCAAGGUGCCUGAGUGGAUUGGAGGUGAAAGUGAGCUCAGGAAAUUUUUGAAACACCAGCUGAGAGGAAAGAACUGUGAACUCCUGUUGGUGGUGCCAGAGGAGGUGGAAGCACAUCAGACCUGGAGAGCUGACAUGUGACCUGGGCCAACUGUCCUCCCACUACAGUUCUUCCCCUUUACUGAAUUCCCGAUGUCCUAAAACCUGGAUAAUGGGUGCCCUGACUCUUAUCAUCUGGAAUUUCCUUUGUUAGGCUCUUCUCUUCCUUCCUUGGUGCAAUAGGGCAAUAUCAGAGGACAUUGGGGGUUGUGGGUGGGGAAGAACUGAGGGCAGAGCAGAGGAAACUGGAAGCCAAUCACUUAAAUUGCAAGAUGGGUGAGCUGCAGUGCCCUUUGGCCAGCUGGAAAGCAUCAUGCCCUUGAAAAUCUGGGCUGGGGGGAAAAGUGCCUGCAAACCCUGGGCCUCCAUUUCCCCACGUGGUUCAAGGCCACAUGUGGUGGGACACUCACUGCUCCCUCCUUGGCUUGUCAGGAGGGAGCAGGGGCUGAGCACGCUGCCACCUCUUUACAGUUCUCUCCCUCCAAAACAAGUUGUCGUGAAGACAUUUCAAUUCCUAAGGGUCUCUCAGGACACUCAAAACAUUAGGAAUGGUACGGUGCUCAGCGCGACCCUCUGCUUCUUAGGGCUGGUUUGUGCCAGGAAUUAGGAAACAAUAAUAAAACCAGUGUCAUCUUCCAAGAAA